AGGCAGCAGAAUUAUGCCUCUCUCAUCGCUGUCUCUUUCUGUCUCUCCUCCCUUCCUCUCUCUCUAAAAUCAAUAAAAACAUAUUUUAAAAAAUUGGUAACAGGCACCAUGUCAUUGAUAGUGGAAGAAGGUCUGUCAGAAGUGAAAAUAUUUGAAUUAAGGGAAAAAUUUUAAGGAAAUUUAAUCCUUUUACAUUCAAAUGAGUAAACAAAGGAUUGCCAGCUGGACACCUUUUUAACGGAUUGAACAUUGAGGUCAGUCAGUUCCAUCUUUGACUUAACUGCAGCCAGAAAUGCAUCUCUCCUUUCUGCAACCCCUGAUCUUCUCCCAUACUUUUAUCUUCAAAUCAUGGCUUGUCUUCUAAAACCCUUAAUACUUGAGGCACCUUCUUGCCCUAAGUGAAACGAAGCUCUCCUUGAGUAUAGCACUUCCCCUGUAGCGCUCUCAGUGGUGUCUUCUUUUUUUUUCUAUCCCUCUGUGUGUUUUGGGAUGAGGGAGCGAGGUAGGUGGCAUCUGGUAGGCACUGCGGAGCUGCUCUCACACUGGAACUGUUUUACUCUCCGUCAAAGGAAACUGCCUUCUACCAUCCAUCAGUAUCCCUUUUUGCUGGUAUCUGUUGAACUUGAGCCUUUCCCUUACAUUUUUUAAGAAUGUUGACACCCCCUAUUUUUUCCUUCUAUAAUACUGCACUUUCUUGUCUUGCGUAAAGCUGCCCUUCUUAUGUUGUUUUUGUUUUUUUCAAUUUGAGGCCAGUACCACCGUACAUCCAGAUAAUGAAACCAGAAAUCUGGGAAUCAUGAAGGAGCUUCACUUCCUGUAUUUGCCUCAAGCUCCGUACUUAAUCAGUCACCAAAUCCUAUUGAUUUGAACCACCUGAGUUAGCAGGUCUUAUGUUUCAAGUUUCAGAAUGGCUUCGGUUAUUGCCUUUCCUUGGUGUACUUGCACUACUUGGCUACCUUGCAGUUCGUCCAUUCCUCCCAAAGAAAAAACAACAGAAGGAUAGCUUGAUUAAUCUUAAAAUACAAAAGGAAAAUCCCAAAGUGGUGAAUGAAAUAAACAUUGAAGACUUGUGUCUUGCUAAAGCAGCUUAUUGUAGGUGUUGGCGUUCUAAGACGUUUCCUGCCUGUGAUGGUUCACAUAAUAAACACAAUGAAUUGACAGGAGAUAAUGUGGGCCCACUAAUACUGAAGAAGAAAGAAGUAUAAUAGUAAUGAAAUAGGAGUGAAUUGUGUGCUGUAAAAUCUUAUAAUGAUAUUUUUUCAUUCUUUGUGUAUAGAUCUUUCAAAUGGUGGUCUUCGUUAUUACUACUAGUGGAGUAACUAUUUCUGCAAAUUCAUUUUCUUGCUACACUACUGUUUAUAUUUGAUAGUUCAUAUGUUCAAUCAUUUAUAUAGAAAUUAAAUUGUGCACCCUUUAUUCUGACUUCAAAGAAUUGAUGUAUCUUCCUACAAUAAAACCAACACUUUUGAUUUUAAUUAAUUGGGCAGUGGAUCCAAAACUAUUUGAAUAUCAAUAUGUUCAAUAGAAUAUAUAAUUUAAAAUUUUCUCCCUACUCUAUUAAAUGUUAUCUUUCAGUUACCUUCUGUUUUGAUCAGUUGAAGUGAUUUCUUUCUUUUUCAGCCUUCCUCUCUCCAUUCUACUUAGAUCAAUAAGGAAAAUACUGUUCUCAAGAAUUACUUGAAUUUUCAAAGAGAUAAACUCUUUGCUUUAUAGAGAUUAUUGUCUAAUAAAUAUAAAUAUCCCAAUUUCAGGGAAGAUGUGAACUGGAUAUAGAAAGUUCCAACUAGGAACACUUAUUUACAUUAUAAAAGUUUGUUUACAAUAGACUUGUUUGCAUCCGCUUAGGUAUCUUGUGUAUCUUGAGCUGUUUGACUCACUAAGAGGGUGGGGUGGGGUGGCAAGAACACUUAUACCUAAACUCAUGAGCUGCUGAAAUUUAAAGGUCAACUAGAAAUAAACAUAUUAAAAUAAUAAGUAUUUCAGUGGUUAAAAUUGUGUUUAUAUGAACAUUUUCCUCUUUAUAACAGUGUAAACCGAUAAAACAACACAAAAAGUUUGCAAAAUAAACUUACUGGAGACUCUUUAAAACCUGUAA